AUGUUUAAGCAGUAUUCGCAGAUCCUGUCCCACAAGAGGCGCAGAAGCAAGGGCAGUACGAUCCAGGUGCUGUCUGCUGCGCAGUCGGAGCGUGCUUCGGAGGCUCCUACGGUUAAUGACCAGAUUGAAACCUGGGUUCAUUCCCAGUUGUUAGACGCACAGGGAGAGAAGCAUAAGGACUGCUUUACCUCCCUUGCAGCCCGCAUUCAUAAAUACGAUCAUGUCGCUCAGAGAGGAAGCGAUCGGUUUGUUGAAGACCUGAUUGCUACGGUCACUGAUGAGGCCGCAAAGCCCAGAGAAAGCUACUUGAGUUCCCCGGCGGGAAACUACGCCAGUUUCCUGUACCCUGAAUGCGUGCCGGAGAGACUAGAGCUGGUCGCCUAUCUGACCGAGCUGGCGAACUUUCAUGAUGUCGAAAAUAAAGAGGAACAAGGGUGUAAACCGGGAGGGUUAGACUCCCCACGAGCCGAAGUCAGAAAGCAGCUACUGGACAAAGUCAUGGCCGAGUUGACCGACAAGGACGGCCAUGACAUUAUCGACUGCUACCGCAGUACCUGGCUCGUUACGCCCGAGGUUCCUACAGCUGACAAUUGCGCCAACCUGGGUGAUUACGUCGCGCGUCGGCGCCUGAACGCGGCGAUUGAUGUGUACUGGACAUUGAUGGGAUUUGCCCAUGGAACUCAUUUCGGAAAAGAAGAACAAGCAAUCGUGAGAGAUGCUCUGGACGCAGCAGAACGAGUCAUGUUCUUCACCAACGACUACUACAGCUGGCCGAAAGAUAAACGCGAUUACAAGGCCCGACGGGUCGCCAACGUCAUCCUCUUCCUCAUGCAGCACCAGGACAUGUCGGAAGACGAUGCCAGGACUAAAACGAAAGAUCUCAUCCUGGAGAGUGAAAAGGAGUUUAUCCGACGACGCGACGAUUUGUAUCAUGGGAAUCCGGACCUCUCAGCCCAACUGCGAAAAUGGAUGGAAGUUCUAGGCGCAGCACUCGGUGGAGUCCAUUACUGGUGCAAGAAUGCUCCGCGAUACGAUGUCCCUGAUGAGCAGUUUGAGAGGAGCGAGGACGAGUCCGAAAGCUCGGAAGAAGAGGGCUCCACUGACUCGGAGGAUACCGAGAACGGCGAUGAGGAGGACAACGAGGAGAAGGAGAAGGAGGAGAAGGAGCCCGAGGAAGUACCGGUGUGGACUCCUCUCGUCAACGAGGAGGAAGCCACAGAAGUGCGUCUUGAUUCCUCGUCCUUGCUGGCCCCAACUCGCUACAUGGGGUGCAUCGCCUCCAAUGAAGUGCCGUUGGCGCUUCUAACAGCACUCAAUGUCUGGCUGCAGGUCCCAAACAGACCGUUCACUUUUAUCAAGCAGGUCGUCGAUGACCUCCACCACACCACGCAGACUAUGUCCGACAUCCAGGAUGACUCUGCUGUCCAUCACGGAAAGACCACCGCUCAUCUCGUUUUCGGUCGUGCGCAGUCCAUGAACAGCGCAGCAUACAUGUUUGUUCGCAUCGCGAAGAUCGUGAACAGCCUCAAUUGCCCCGGAAUGCUGAACGGACUACUCGAGGAGCUGGAAUCACGUUUCAUCGGGCAGUCCUGGGACCUGAAUUGGCGGUUUACCCUGCAGUGUCCAACCGAGCAGGAGUAUCUGUCCAUGGUGGAUAAAAAGAGCGGAUCGACGUUCCACAUGCUGGUGCGUCUAAUGCAAUCCGCUAGCAUGGGAGGCGUGACGCUUGACUUCGACAGUCUAGCGAAGCUUCUGGGUCGGUGGUACCAGAUCCGCCACGAAUACCUGGGAUUAUUCCCUGGACGUGAUUCAAGCGGAUACGGCGAAGAUUUGGAGCAUGCGAAGAUUACCUACCCGAUUGUCCGCUGCUGCAAUGUUGACUCUUCAGCGAAGACGGUUAUCUUGGGAAUCUUCAGACAAAAGGCCAAGGGGGCUGGCUUGUCCGCAGAAACCAAAGUACAGAUCUUAGACCUCCUGUAUACGACCGGUGCGGUGCAGGCAACAUAUAACCUGGUGCAACAGCUGGAACGGGAGAUCUUGACUGCUGUGGGUGAACUGGAAGUAGCUGCGCAGGAGGCAAACCCGGUGUUGAGGUCUCUUGUGAACUCUCUGGAUGAGAUACCUCCUCCCACUCAGGGUGCUUCUUGA